AUGGCGCCGCGUCUCUGGAUGAUGACAACGUUGUCCAGCGGAAACAUUAACCCUUUACAUCGACAGCGGGUUAAAGGUCGCGAAAUCAUCCUUACAGAAGAGCCUCGACUGCAUCUGGUGUGGAUACACCACCGUAUAUUCAUCAAACCUCUUCCACGAUAUUUGCUAUCGCAUAGGUUCUGGGAAACAUUCCUUGCUGAAAGCUCAGACCGACUCGGAGAAAGUAAAAGCAAUAUCCGCAACGCUGCAACUGGGUUCCUGAGGACAUAUCGCUACUUGAUCCAGCACGAAUCGGACUUCAACAUCGCUCAGCAAGAUAACCUUCGUCUUGUCCCAAAAGAUGUGGAUUGGGCAUCAUUCUGCAGAUUCAUCUCAGAUGUCAACCACAUCGAGGAUGCGGUGGUGUCGGGGAGGUACUGCUACGGCGAACUAAGACUGACGCGGCUUAACUUUUAUGCCCCACUGUUCCUACGUAAAUUUCACUUUGAACAAGUGCAUGGCCAAUAUGGAGAUUACUUUGGACGGCUAUAUGGACCAAUACUCUUCGUGUUUGCCCUAGUGUCUACCAUUUUGAAUUCAAUGCAGGUUGCGCUUGCAGUCGAGCAGUUGGUGGCCGCGCACUGGGAGUCAGUCUGGUAUCUCUGCCGUGGGUUUAGCAUGGUAAGCAUGGUGGGAGCAGCUCUUGUCUCGAUGUGGUUCAUCUUGCUUUGGCUAUGGAUAUUUCUAGAUGAGUGGAUCUAUACUGUAAGACGCAAGAUGGAGAAGAGGCGAGAGACUCGUAAAACAUCGGCAUGUUAG